ACACUAAGCACUCUGCUCUCUGUCUUCCUGUGAUUCUCAUCCCAUUGUUCAUUCUGUGCUGUGGGCACUGGAAAUAAGCCACUCAUUCCAGAAUGAAUCUCUUCUGCUUCUCUCUGGAGGGCUCUAUGGACAGCUUGUAUGAAGCCGUACAGCAGUCCUGUGAGUCCCAGGUGUACACCAUCCCCAGCAGGUCCAACGGCCCAGCUGUCCUUUUAGAUGACAACAUCAAAUGGAGGAGUGCAGGGCAUUCCAUCUCCAUGGAAAUGUCACAAAUCAACACAGACAACAACAAAAAGAAGAAACAACGAUCACUACCAAAGUCUGUCUCUGAAAAUGAAGCUUUAGAUAAUACCAUCUGUACUAAUUCUGUCUGGCAGGCCACCAAAAAGCAAGAAGACUCAGUCCUUCUGAGGAACAAUCAGAAUGAAGAGCAGGUGAGAGCUCUAAGGAGGGUUGAGAGUCACACAGUGGCACACACAACGACUCAGACCAUCUCUAGAAACACACAGCAAGAACCACCUGUCCAGACUGAGACAGCAAAUACAGAGAUGACACAGACAAGAGGUACAAGGGUGAAAAAAGUAGAGAGGAAAAGCAGUCACAGAGGGACCCCAACACAAGAGAUAGAAGUUCACAUAAAAGGUGCCAACGGAAUGAUGCCAGUGUUAGAUGUAGGAGCACAGCCACAUACACAGAAGAAUACCACCCCUGUUGUGGGGUCAAGGGUCAUGGAAGCAGCAUCUUCCAAUAAACAGCGCUGGAGCAACCCUGUCUGGGUACUGGCCUAUAACACCUGUCAACCUCCCUCCAAUGAGUAUCGACUCCACACCUGUGAUUGCACUAAUUCCAUGGCCCCAAGUCAAGGAGAUAAAAUCAACAUUCAUACCAUGAAGAGAGACCCCUCACCCAAAGGAGUGGUGCGCUCCACCACCAAUGUGGAUUUCUGUGCCUCCAAUCGAUCCACCAGUUUUGGAAGAUUUGACACAUUCAGACAUCAACACUCCGCUUCCAGACUUGAGGAAAAUGGAACAAUUGAGGCAGAUGGCGAAUCAACGGCACAUAAUUGUGAGAAACCGGGAAGUCUGGGAAAAAAGAUGAAGGCCAUUUCAAUGACUAUGCGUAAACGGAUGGGCAAGAAACAUGUCAAAUCUUGCUCGGAGGACAUGGGAGAUGACACUGAAGGAGAAAUAGAGAAUGGGUCUACUGUAGAGAAGAGCACAGACCAGACUACCAACUCACUGGAAAGUCUCUGGAGUGGACAGAGCUCCUCAAGUGGUGUGGCUAGCAAUUCAGAUGGAUCCAGUAACAGAGACAGCUUGAAACUGGAGGAGGAAGUGCCCUACACAGGCCAGUUCUGCGGACGAGCCAGAGUACAUACAGACUUUGUGCCCAGCCCAUAUGAUACAGACUCCCUCAAACUAAAGGUGGGAGACAUCAUUAGCAUUAUAAGUAAACCACCAAUGGGUAUAUGGACUGGCAUGCUCAACAAUAAAAUGGGAAAUUUCAAGUUCAUUUAUGUGGGUGUUCUGCCUGAGAAAGAGGAGGAGGAGGAGGCCCCAAAAAUAAGACCUGUGAAAGUUUGCAAGAAACUACGACCGAAUACACUCCUGGAGUUAUUAGAAAGGCUUCAUUUAGAGGAAUAUGCAUCCUCGUUACUCCUGAAUGGCUACCAGACAGUAGAUGACCUCAAACAUCUGAAAGAGAGGCACUUGAUUGAGCUGAAUGUGACUGACCCAGAUCACAGGCACAGGUUGCUUGCUGCAUCAGAGUGCCUCUAUGUCACAAGCAGAGAUGAACAGGGAGAGAUGAAGGGUGAUGAGGAGGAAGACCAAGAUUGUCUCAGAGACUCUGGUUGUUUUAUUCCAGCAGAGUGUCCUGAUAGUUGAGAGCCACUCACUAGUUGUCGAAUGUCUCUCUCCUGACAUAUAGUAUAAUGAUAAAGCUACAAAAAGACACAAAACUCAGUUUCCUUUUGUCAUUAUGUAUUUGGUCCUUACUAUAGGAACUGGCCUACUUUGGUUUUGUAUUUACACAAUUGUUUUGUUUUGUUGAUGUAACCUUUUUUUCAAUGUAAAUGUUAUUUGAAAUUUUUUCAAACCUACAUGUGUGUGAGGAAUUUUUCACAAAUAAUUUUUGUGUUUAUCAUGACUGAAUUGUAAAUACAGUAAUAAUAUUAAAAUUAAUAAAUUAUUUAUUCUUCAGCA